AUGUCUGCGACUAUUACGCAACUGGUACGCCGCAUUGCCGCGCCGGCGGUGGCUGCGUCUCUUCUGAAGGAAGAGCUGUGCUUGGCCCUUGCCGCCGUCGCCCAACUGCGGCCGACCCUCUCUAUCGCGACGGGUGAAAGAGCUACUGCCUCUCCCCUCUCCACCGAGGCCCUUGCGCGACGCAGCUUGCGAGUGUUGCCUCGCUGCGCCCCGCAAGAGGUGCGAAUGAUUGCCCAUGGUGCGAACGCCUUGCAGUGGUUUUUGACUCCGUCACUGCUCCUGAUAGACGCGCUUGCGCGCACGCUCUACACGCACAUCGUGAAGUGGAGCCAGCCGGCGACAGAAGGGAAGUCCGUAGCGAAGCACAAAGUGCGGCUGAGUGACAUACUCGCCGUUAUUCAGUUGGCGACGGAGGCGCAGCGCUACUUCGACGCUACGAUCUUCCUGUUGGCCACACAGCAUGCAGUGGAAGUCGGCGGUCAGUCGACGGACAUGUCAGCAGCGCUCGCCGAAGAGUUUGUGGCGAUUGUGUGCGGGUACGCUGGGGAGGAGGACGGCGCGGCCGCGGUGGGACGGCUGGUCGCGCGUCUCGAGGGAUCGUCCACUGUUGCCUCCAACUCUCCUGGCCUUGACGUGCUGAGGGCCAGCGUGCGUGACCGACCGCUAAAAGUCGCUGACCGGUGGAUGGUGUCGUACACGCAGUGGGCGCAGCAGCGCCGCAGCGUUCUCGAGACUGUCCGGGCCCCUGCGGACGCUGCAGCGGCGACCCAUACUGAAGGUGGAACCGUUCGCACACCGAUUCAGCUCCUGAAGGCGCGGCACGACGUUUGGCAAGUCGUUCUCACCCUCCUUGCGGAAAAGGAAUACGUCACGGACGACCGUCUGCAGCGGACUCUCGAGGCAGUAAGGCUGCUUCACAUCCAGGAUCCGGUGACGCUGUCGACUCUCGACAGGACGGUGGCACUCCGAGCAAUGUCACCAACCUUGCCGAGUGCAAUGCUCACCAACUACGAAAACUUCGUGUACGCGCAGGCGCAAUACUACCCGCAUGCGCUGGCUGCCUUGAAGCAGGGGGAUGCGGUCACUGCAGCAGCUGUGACAGGUGCCCAAGAAGCGACCGGCGCGAGAUCCUCCCCCUCUUCUCGACCGACUGCCGGGACGCUUCAGCAUGUCUCAGUGAUCCAGCGCGUGUACAGGGAUGCCGUUGCCGGCGCUGUCGUUUCAGAGAAGGACCUCUUUCAGCUUAGCACCACCGUAGACACGUCCUCGGCAGACGAGGUCGCCAUGGCCACUUACGUGUUUGCACGCGGGAAGGAGCUGCCGUCGGACUUGCUGAUGUGGCUGCCAAAGCGGUUGACGUCGCUGACGCUGGAGGGUGUUGUGGCACUUGUCCGUGCAAGCCGCCACGACCGUCGCGGCGCACUGGCUAGAGUGCUGCCGGUGUGUCUGCGCAAUUCCGUCCACUUGCAAGAGUGCAUUUUGUCUGCCCCCACAAUGGUUCUGGUAGAGCUGGUCGAGGCCCUCGGCCGGCCACUCCCCCGGUGGACGGCACCAAGCGACCAGGCGAGUUCCUUGGAAGAGCAGGUCUUCGACAUGGUGGUCGCACACCUCUUGCUACAAGUGGAGCAGAUGCCGCUGCCUGCACUUCUGUCUGUGAUGAAGAUCGGCGGCUGUCGCCUCGCUAGAACGGAUGACCUCAUGCAAGCUGUGUGCGGCCGCGUCGCCGACCACCUCGUAGCGGCAGUGACUCCACCAUCUAUCUCCCUCUGCCUGGAAGUUCUGGCGUCGUUACAGUUGGGUAACUGUAGGCAGGAGCGACUUCUGGACCUUCUCGCCGAUGCCAUUGCAGCGCACUUUUUUCCCAUGUCGCAGCUCACCACCAGUGCGGACGCGCCACGCCUCGCAGCCCUGCUGCGCUUUGCGACGACUCAGUUGAAGUACGGCUCGCCAGAGAUGGCGGCGGUGGGCACAAACCUUCUGCAGAGGGUACGGCAAGGAGACUGGGACUCGUUGCCACCGGAGGCGCUGGUGGCAGCAGCUCUCUUCGCUCUCGACAGCAGCACUCUCGUUUCAUCCGCGGUAUCGCUGGAACUCCCGCACGCAGUGGUGGCGCACUUGGUGGCGGCGCAGCGCUUGGCGAGCACUGUGACCGUUGACUUGGCCAUCGCCCUUGUCGAGCUACUCGAGCUCAUCCCCACUGUGGACGCAGAUCAUGCCCAGGCGCUCGUGACGUGUGUGCUGCCGGUUGCUUCGGCGCUCUCUCCACCGGUGGUAGCUCGGCUGCUGUUUGUGCGGCAUCGCAACUCCAUAGCAGCAGUAGCCGCUACUGCGCCUUCGGCAGAUGUCGCAGCAGAGCUCUACACCACUGUCGGCAAGCAUGUGCUUGGCCUCCCUCCCGAGACGUUUACCGCCCUGUGCGUCGUUGCUGCGCGCCCUGGCUUCGAGGCGGCACUCGCCAACCUUCUCGUUGACAUGUUGCCCCUCAUGGCCGACGCCCUCUCGGCACACCAGCUAAGUCGGUGCGUGUUUGGACUAGGGGAGAUGACGGAUGCGGGCCAGCGUCUCUCGCAUCAAGUCAUGACGGAGGCUCUCUCCGACUACGUCGUCGACAACCUUGAGUUGUUCACCAGCGCCUGCGACAUCGCUACCCUUCUGCACGGCUUCGCCAAGUUGCAGUGCACGAAGCGCCACCUCUACAGCGUCUUCGCCACGCAACUCCUGCGCCGUCCCAUCAAGUCGACUUUGGACUUCCGCUCGAUCAGUUUGCUCUUCUUCGCGUUCGGCAGUGUGAGGUUUGUGAACAAGGACCUCAUGGACCUUCUCUGUCGUGUCUUCGUCGCCCACAUCGACAGUCUUGCCGCCCCAGAUGUGCUCAUGUCGCUUCGCGGACUCAGUCGCAUGAAUCUUCUGAACGACAGCUUUUACCGUAAGCUCGGCAUGAAGGCGGCUGAGCUUGUUGACGAGUUCCCGCUGCAGGCGCAGUGCGAUCUCCUCCACGCGUACGGCGCUGUGGAGGAGGCUCAUCCCAAACUGGCAGAGACGCUCUCGAAACGCAUUGCCGCGGCGGUGGAGUCGUUGCCCUCUGUCUCCGUCGCCACGGACGUGCUGACGUCGUUGUGGCUCAUGGGCACUAACAUGGUGACGAACGAGAGCAUAGAAACGAUUGUCAACUACGUGGUGCGGAACGCGAGUGAACUGACCGGGUCGGACAUCAGGAAGCUGUGCUCCAUUACGCUCAAUCAAAACUGGAAGCACCCCGAGCUGCUGCACGGCAUGGCAGCACGUGCCAUCGCGUUGCAGGAGGAGCAGCAGCUAGAGGCCACCACCGCGCGCGCGGUGCUGGACACGCUGAGCUCGCAACUUGUUUUCCACCAGGCGGCGCGUGUUCAGCUGUCGCACUUGGCUCGCACCGUGAGCAAAGAGACGGUUCUGCUCUCCGGAGAGGAACAGGAGCAGCUGAACCUCAUCACGAGCAACUAA